GUACACUUUAGGGUCCUAAAAACAUUAUUCAAUUGGUAGAAUAGUGAAAAAAAAAUUUUUUCCCUGUCCAAUCCGCUGUAGUGUCGAAGCGUUCGGAGCGCAUUUUCUACCUGCCGCGGCGGGCUUUCUUUUGUCCCCUUUUUACGACUCUUACCCUCUGCAUUAAUGUACCAACGGGGCCUGAGGGCUCUAAUGGUUCCCCAAAAGGUCGUUAGGAAGUGCUAGUUCAUCAAUACAGCUGUAUGUGUGGGCUUGUGUGUGGGUCAGUCAGCUGAAAAACGACGCCACGCGUGGACGCUUCUUUUUGUUUUCGUAAGUUUUUCUGCUUCAACGAAUUACUUUAUUGACUACAGUGGUUUUUACUGAUAAACUAUCAUUGUUAACAAUAUGAGUGAUGACAAGAAGCCAGUUUAUUCGGCGCAAAAAGGCAAAAGAGGACGAAAAUCCAAAGCAGAUGGACCAAGCAUUUUAAAGCGGCAGCGUCCGUUAAAUCGCUUUGAAAUGGAGCAGCCCAGUGAGAACGUUGAUACGUCUGCUAAGAAAUUAUCUGCAAAUAAUUCAGAUGAUAUUGAAGUGAAUCCUAGUGUUGGAUACAGGAUGAUAGACUUUUUGACAGUGUUUACAGCAAUUUCUCAAGUAGUUGUUUGUAAAAAGUGUAAGUCCGAUGUAGAAUUCACCGAAACAGGAAAUCGUGGCUUGGGUUUCAAGAUUGUGAUUACGUGUAAAGAAUGCGAUAAAGUUUUUGUUCCGAGCUGUUCAUUUAUUGAUAAAGCAUACGAAAUUAAUCGCAGAAUCAUUCUUGCAAUGCGAUUAAUCGGAGUGGGAUUACACGGCAUACACAAAUUUUGUGCAUUCAUGGAUCUUCCACGGCCGAUUUUUCAUUCAUUUUAUGACUCUGUAGUGAAAUGUAUUCAUGGUGGUGCAGAAAUAAUAUGUGAGCAAAGUAUGAAGAGAGCUGCUCAAGAAGAAAAAGGAAAAACCGAUGAAUCGAGUAACUCCGGAGGAAUAGCUGUGUCCGGUGAUGGAUCAUGGCGAAAACGAGAAUUCUCGUCGCUUUUUGGAUUCGUCUCGCUAAUUGGAUGGAAGACUGGUAAAGUUGUGGACGUUUCGGUAAAAUGUAAGUACUGUAAAGCAUGCGAAUUUUGGAAAACGAAGGAAGGUACAGCAAAGUACGAGGAAUGGUUGGAAACCCAUGCCGACGAAUGCCAAGCUAACCACGAGGGCUCUUCGGGCCUCAUGGAAGUCAAUGCUGUUUGCGAAAUGUUCCAGCGCUCUGAAUCUUUACACAACCUGAAAUAUACUAGCUAUAUCGGAGAUGGAGACUCUAAGACAUAUACGGGUAUCGUAAAUUCAUCACCUUAUGGAGAUUCGAUUGUCCAGAAGAAAGAGUGUAUCGAUCACGUCCAGAAACGCAUGGGUACGCAUCUCCGGAAUUUAAAAAAGAAAACAAAGGGCCUCGGCGGAAAAGGUAAACUAACUGGCAAAUUGAUCGAUGAACUGUCAAUUUAUUAUGGUCUAGCGAUACGCAGAAAUCAUGAAUCUGUAGAGAAAAUGAGGACUGCGAUCUACGCAACGCUAGAUCACAAAUUAUCAACAGAUGCCAAGCCCAAGCACGAUCACUGCCCGAGCGGAGAAAAUUCGUGGUGCUCGUGGCAAAGGGCCAAGGCCACUGGAACUUUGGACGAAUAUACACAUAAACCACCUUUACAUGAAGAAGUAUACAAGGCUAUAACUCCAAUUUAUGAAAAAUUAACCAGUGAUGACCUACUCACUCGUUGCAUAGGCGGCUUCACUCAAAACAGUAAUGAGAGUUUCAACGCUACAGUAUGGUCGAUGGCCCCGAAAGUGACAUCCAGUGGCAAAAAUGUACUUGACACAGCUGUAUAUAUUGCUGCAGGUACUUAUAAUGAUGGCCUCACAAGUGCCAUGAGAGUCAUGCAGAACAUAGGCAUCAAAAUUGGGCCGAACUGCUACAAUUACUGUCAAGAGACUGAUCAAAACCGCAUCAAAUUAUCCGAUCGUUCGCUCUCAGAUGCUGCAAGAAGGUCUCGAAUCGAACAGAAGGCAUCCAGAAAGGAAGAAGAUGAGUUCCACGUGUCCAUGGAAGGUGAAAUGUACGGCGCAGGCAUCGCAGACUGAAGAUAGCACGAGUUCCUAGAAUCACCGUCGCCCAUAGAGGCCCUCUUGAAAAAGGUGAUUCCGAAGAUUGGCCUAGUAGCCGCCAUUUUGUA